AGUGACAAACUUUUUUUCGAUUCCACGACGAUUUGAUGUGGUGGAUGGAACAAUUCUUUAUUAAUGAAAAUAAAUGUUGUUGUGAUAGAUAUUCGCUUGGAAUCUUCACAUAAUUCUAGUCUCAUAAUACUCUUUUGAUGAGAUAACCCUUGUGGUGUAAAUCUUCGUUUCGGAAGGUUCGAGAUAUAACAUAACCAUGCCGCCAAAGAAACAGAGUUCAGGAGGUGGCGGGGCCAGUAAGAAGACAGAACAGAAGAAGAAGGAGAAAGUAAUUGAGGAUAAAACCUUCGGUCUGAAGAACAAGAAGGGGGCGAAGCAGCAGAAGUUCAUCCAGCAGGUGGAGAAACAAGUGAAGAGUGGUGGUAUCCACCCCGCCAAGCCUAUGGAUGACAAGAAGAAGGAGAAGGAAAACAAAUUGAAAGAGCAGAAGGAACUGGCUAUGCUUUUCAAGCCGGUACAGACACAGAAGGUUGAGAAAGGCACGGACCCCAAGUCAGUGGUGUGUGCGUUCUUCAAGCAAGGCCAGUGUACGAAGGGUGACAAGUGCAAGUUCUCUCACGAUUUGACCAUUGAAAGAAAGGCUGAGAAGAGGUCCUUAUACGUGGACAUGCGGGAUGACGACACGAUGGAUAACUGGGACGAGGAUAAGCUCAAGGAGGUGGUGGAGAAGAAGCAUGGGGAGGGCGACAAACUGCGACCCACUACUGAUAUUAUAUGCAAGCAUUUCUUGGAAGCCGUAGAAAAAUCCAAAUAUGGUUGGUUCUGGGAGUGUCCUAGCGGAACUAAAUGCAUAUACAGGCACGCGUUGCCCCCAGGCUUCGUGCUCAAACGGGACAAGAAGAAGAUGGAGGAAAAGAAGAAUGAGAUCUCCUUAGUGGACCUGAUAGAGAGAGAAAGAGCGGCUCUAGGACCCAACCAGACUAAGAUUACACUAGAAACAUUUUUGGCGUGGAAAAAGAAGAAAAUCAAGGAGAAACAGGACAACAUGGCGAAGGCGGAAGAGCAGCGUCGCAGCGACUUCAAGGCGGGCCGCGCCGUCGGGCUGUCGGGCCGCGAGAUGUUCUCGUUCGACCCCGCGCUGGCGGCCGACGACGGCGAAGACGGCGACGAGGCCGUGGACUACAGCGCCUACGACGCGGACGACGACGUCGACACCACCGAGUACCGCGAGAUAGAGCUCGACCUCAUUGGCACCGAGAUGUCAGAGGUGGACGACACGGGCACAAAGGCAACAGACGACCGACUGUCCCAGCUCAACAAGGGCCUCGAGAACGGCGCGGCCGAGGCCGAGGCAGAGGUGCCCAUCAACGAGAACCUCUUCCUCGACGAGGACCUAGACGAGGAGCUGCAGAACCUGGACCUCGAGGACUAGUACACUGUGUGGCAACUGAUCACGGACGGUUACACGGCGAUAAGCGUAACAUUCUGGUUUUGGGCGGGGGUUUCCUUAAGCGUGGGCACUGCGUGGGCUUUUAACUAGCUGAAUGAUAGAUGCAUAUCUGACUUUUCAUCAUCAUCAUCAUCAGCCCAUUAACGUCCCCACUACUAGGGCCUUGGGAGAUCGGGCCUUAAACCAUCACGCGGGCCCAGUGCGGAUUGAUGGUUAUUAACGACUGCUAAUGCAGCCGGGACCAACGGCUUAACGUGCCUUCCGAAGCACGGAGGAGCUCGAGAUGAAAACUUUUUUUUGUGGUCACCCAUCCUAUGACCGGCCUUUGCGAAAG